GAUAAAUACCCACCACCAUUUCUCCUGACCACUCAUUCUCACCCUUCUUUUCCUUGUCCUCUGCUUUAUUUAUUAUCCCCAUACUUAUUUUAAAAUACUUCAUUAAUUAUUAUUGCUCGGAUAUUUAGCCAUGGCUAAGGAAGUUGAAGCCGUGCCGGAGCAGCCAGCCGGAUUCUCCGCAAAGGACUACCAUGACCCGCCGCCGACUCCACUGAUCGACUUAGACGAGCUGACCAAGUGGUCCUUUUACAGAGCCAUCAUCGCCGAGUUCAUCGCCACACUCCUCUUCCUCUACGUCACCGUCUUAACCGUCAUCGGCCACAGCCGGAGCAUCGACAUCAAUGCCGGCGGCGAAGAGUGCGGCGGCGUUGGAACACUCGGCAUCGCCUGGGCCUUUGGUGGCAUGAUCUUCAUCCUCGUCUACUGCACCGCCGGAAUUUCAGGAGGGCACAUAAACCCGGCGGUAACAUUGGGGCUGUUUUUGGGGAGGAAGGUGUCGCUGAUAAGGGCGGUGUUGUACAUGGCGGCUCAGUGUUUGGGAGCGAUCUGCGGAGUGGGAUUGGUGAAGGGCUUCCACAAGGCUUAUUACGACCGUUACGGCGGAGGGGCGAAUAUGUUGCAACCUGGAUACAACAUAGGUACUGGUUUGGGUGCAGAGAUAAUUGGUACUUUCGUCUUGGUCUACACCGUCUUCUCUGCCACUGACCCAAAGAGGAAUGCCAGAGAUUCUCAUAUUCCCGUGUUGGCCCCACUUCCGAUUGGGUUCGCUGUGUUUAUGGUCCACCUGGCCACGAUCCCCAUAACCGGAACGGGCAUAAACCCGGCAAGGAGUCUUGGAGCAGCAGUGAUUUACAACAAAGACAAGGCCUGGGAUGACCAGUGGAUUUUCUGGGUGGGCCCCUUCGUCGGCGCUGCCGUCGCCGCCAUCUACCACCAGUUCAUCCUUAGAGCCGCCGCCAUCAAGGCUCUCGGCUCCUUUAGGAGCAACGCCUCAUAAACGGGCCCAUUUAUGGAUCAUUAUUAUUGUCCCACAUUGAAUAUUUAUUUACUGCUUCGUUUGGAUGUAUUGAAGUGUAUUUCCAUUUCUGUGUAUUAUUAAUUACUCGAUUAACUUAUUAUCUUAUGGUUGGAUUACUUAAUCUAGUAGGGGUCUUUUUCGGGUUCGCCUCUUGAUUGGGUUGCACUGUUGUAUGUGGUGGGUGGGGGCCACUGAUGAUGAACCAUAAUUAACUUUGCAUUUGUUUUCUAAAACUAGUGGCCUGACCGGGUUCGUCGAUAAUUGGAUUCGUGUUCAAUAUGAUGUGGAAAUUAUCAAAGAUGCUGUUUGAAAGUUUUGCGAGCC